AUGGCGAACGAGACGUGGCCCUCAUACGCCUCCCAUCAUCUGCUCCACGGUGACCCUUUCGCCUCAAAGCUCUCCAGAGAGGCGGAUAUCGUUGCAGCUUUUUACAUCUGUAUCAUAGGAAUAAUGUCUGCAACAGGGAAUGGCUACGUCAUUUACAUGACCAUCAAACGCAAGACCAAGUUAAGGCCUCCUGAGCUCAUGACUGUUAAUCUAGCCAUUUUCGACUUUGGCAUUUCAGUGACAGGAAAGCCCUUUUUCGUUGUGUCUAGUUUCUCCCACCGCUGGUUGUUUGGCUGGGAGGGCUGUCAAUUCUACGGCUGGGCGGGCUUCUUCUUUGGUGUUGGGAGCCUCAUCACGAUGACCAUGGUCAGCCUAGACCGGUAUCUCAAAAUCUGCCAUCUCAGUUACGGCACAUGGCUCAAACGUCACCACAUCUUCCUCUGCCUGGCAUUUGUGUGGGCGUAUGCAAUGUUUUGGGCCACCAUGCCCCUGAUCGGCUGGGGAAACUACGCCCCUGAGCCCUUCGGGACAUCCUGCACGCUGGACUGGUGGCUGGCACAGGCCUCUGUGUCCGGCCAGGCCUUCGUCAUCACCAUCCUCAUCUUCUGCCUCAUCCUCCCCACUGUCAUUAUUGUCUUCUCCUAUGUCAUGAUCAUCUUCAAAGUCAAGUCUUCUGCAAAGGAGAUGUCGCAGUUUGAUGCCCGGAUCAACAACAGUCACAACCUUGAGAUGAAACUUACAAAGGUGGCAAUGCUGAUCUGUGCAGGCUUCUUGAUAGCCUGGAUUCCUUAUGCAAUCGUGUCCGUGGUGUCUGCGUUUGGUGACCCAGACUCAGUGCCCAUCUCGGUGUCUGUCAUUCCCACCUUGCUGGCCAAGUCCUCAGCCAUGUACAACCCCAUCAUCUACCAGGUUGUGGACCUGAAAAACGCCUGCGCAAGAUCCUCCUGUUGUGUGGCCCUGAAGAAACGCACGCAUUUUAGAAAGUCAAGGUUCUGUACCAUCUCUGGCUCAUUAAAGGACAAAGCACCAGCCAAAGAAGCUCACAUUGAGAUGUGAGACAGACGCUUUAGACUGUGUGACCUCCUUACCUCGUCUACUUUGGAAAGUUUGCCUUGUUCCCUGACCUCUGUGUCCUGCACUUACCCAGUCACACGCUGCCUGACCUCAUUAACUGUUCACCCUCGGUCUUGCUGCUUGUUUUUAAUGCCUAAGAUGGAUUUACAUAUGCUUACCACAGUUCCCCACC